CGGUUGAGAACUUGAGACUUUGAGAGGAUCCAAAUCCAAGAACCAAACCCAAAAGUUCAAAAACAGCAAGCGAGCAGGAGUCCCACCCACGUUUCAUCACCUUCUCUCCGCUGCCUCCUCCCAAUCGCAGUCUCUCUCUGUUUGUGUAGAGAAGUGGAAUGGCUGGAAUCCGAUUGCAGCCGGAGGACUCGGAGCUCUCGUCGCAGCAAAGCCGAGGUGCAGUGGCUGAUCUCAUCUCCGACGACGAGCGCUCGGUGGCGGCCGACUCCUGGUCCAUCAAGAGCGACUACGGCAGCACCCUCGACGAUGACCAGCGCCAGACCGACGCUGCUGACGCUCUCUCCGCCGCCAAUUUCCGCGCACCCUCCGAUUACAGUUCUGACAAGGAGGAAGCAGAUGCUGAAGAAGCUGUGCAAUCGAUGCUUGGCCUUCAGAGUUAUUGGGAUACUGCAUAUGCAGAUGAGCUGACAAAUUUUCGCGAACAUGGCCAUGCCGGUGAAGUUUGGUUUGGAGCUGACGUCAUGGAAGUAGUUGCUUCUUGGACCAAAAGCUUGUGUAUUGACAUUUCUCAAGGUCACUUGCCGAAUCAUGUUGAUGAUAUCAAGUCUGAGCUGGUUGAGCAGGGUGAUAAAUAUUUGUCUACAUGGAGUGUUCUUGAUAUUGGGACUGGCAAUGGUUUGCUUCUUCAAGAACUUGCUAAGCUAGGAUUCUCUGAUUUAACUGGAACUGAUUAUAGUGAAGGGGCAAUUCAGCUUGCUCGAAGCCUUUCUGCUCGAGAUGGAUUUCCCAAUAUUAAUUUCUUGGUUGAUGAUGUUCUUGAGACGAAGUUGGGAAGGCAGUUUCAACUUGUCAUGGACAAAGGAACUUUAGAUGCCAUUGGAUUGCAUCCUGAUGGCCCUGUCAAAAGGAUGAUGUAUUGGGAUUCAGUUUCGAGAUUGGUGGCUUCUGGUGGAAUACUAGUGAUCACAUCGUGUAACAGUACAAAAGAUGAAUUGGUACAAGAAGUGGAAAGUUUCAAUCAGAGAAGGAUUGGUGUGUCCCAGGAACCUGAGAUGCCUAAGGACCAAGAAGCUGUCAGAGAUCCUCCAUUCCGAUUCCUGAGUCAUGUUCGUUCAUAUCCGACAUUCAUGUUUGGUGGAUCCGUGGGAUCACGUGUUGCCACUGUCGCGUUUUUACGAAGCUGAAAUUAUGAGUCCUUUGUCUUGUUGGUAUGCUUUUGGUCAAAUGGUUUGAUACAGUUUAUGUUUGUCAUGUUUAUGUGCGUGGGAAGAAAGUGGGAAAUUACUGACUUGUGUAAGUUCAUUUGUUUGAGACAAUGAGAUUUGCUGAUUCAUGUGAAAAUGAGGUUUCUCCAGGAUUUCCUUUGUUAGGGAACUAA